UGAACUCUUCACCCGAGGAUGGUCGCCACCAUUGUGAUUCGGAUCUAGCAAUCAGGCGUCAAGAGGACGAAAAGCAAAAGGAGAAGACCAUACAAAGAUUGGAAUCAAUCCGGGUACUAGGUGCAUUCGUGACGACUUGCAAGGACAUGAGUGCAUCUUCGGUGAUCAAGCCCUCUCUCACCGAUCAAGGAAGCAAAUGGCUACAUUGGAAAGAGGAUUUGGUAGACGGGGCUGGGGAGUGCUGCUCCACGGG